AAUUUUCAAAAUGAAAGUGUUCUUUACUACAUAUUUGUUCAUCAGACAGAUGGCAACGCACAAAUAAGAUGCUCCUAGAUACUAGUAUCCAUUGCUUAAAGAUGCUGUCCAUAUUGACAUUGAUCCUCAUCGUUCCAUCUACAUACGCUGAACAAUGGCCAAAAGGGACCUUUACACUAGUCAAAUCGAAUGCAGGAUGCCCGUCUGGGUGGGCGGAAGGAUGGCGAUACCAGGAUAAUGAAGACAAAAAAAAUGAUAACUUCAUUACAUAUGAUCAUCAUUUUUACGGUUCCUUUGGGGUAAAUAUGGAAUUUCAUUAUUGUACCAAAGACGAAAAUACCAUACUAGGAAAUGAAACUUGGCCAAAGGGAAAUUACUGUAUUCUAAGACAAGGACUAUCCUGUCCAUCAGUAGGUUUCGAGACCGGAAGUAUUUACUGGGAUGAUGAAGAUGAUGACAACGGAAACACACUAGACGGAGUACUUCCAAGUGGAUCCUAUGAUAGAAACACGUUUAUAGACUAUUGUUGCAGAUCUGACGGAUCAGACAAAAUCGGGAUUAUUCUUCCAACAAGUCAAUCGUUUUAUCUAUUACGCUUCACAUCACAAUGUCAACAGGUACAGGGUAUGUUUGUUAGAGAGGAGUCAGUGGAGACAGAUGACGAGGACAAAAAUAACGAAAACAAGGUUAGCGGAAGUCAUCCUCUGAAUGAUGGAGGCAAAAACAACAGGCUCUACUACUGUUAUUAUUAUACAUAACUUAAACAUAAAAUAUAAAACAUAAAA